GUCUGAUUCCGUUGGCUCGGUGAACUUUGGGCACAAAUUACUUGUGCUCUAACUUAUGGAUAUUGGUCAAUUUGCCUCCAUUGCGCAGAUUCGCAUCCUUUUAGUCCCUGUGGGAUCCAUCCGGCGUUCUGCUUUCGAGAAAUAUUCUGGUCUUGUGAGAUCAUUCGAGCAUAUUCGACUCGGUGAUAUUCCCCCAGAUACUAGAGAGGAUAAAAACCGGUUUCUCCCUUCACCCUUAGCUUCGGGUAAUCUCCAUCUUUCCUUCCUCACGCAUCCACCUCCGACAUGGCGUUCGGCAUUCAAUUUAUUUCGAAUCUCGUCGUUCCCUCUUGCAGUAAUCGGAAUAGCGGAUUGCACUUCAGGCGCAACAGCAUCUUCGCUGGUCGCAGAAUUUAAGGCGGACCUCUCUACUUUGCUCCCAGAUGGUUUACCAUUCCCAUUUACCACUAAAUGCUUAGCUUUUGAGGAGGGCGAAGGAAAUGCCAAUAUGAAUCUAUCUACUUCUACGAGCGAGUUAGUUACGAUACCUAGCCUGAUGGGCAACAAGCAAGUCUAUGUUGGGACGUUGUUGGCAGAGCUUUGUCACGACAUCAUAGUUGAAUUUCCGUCCAUUGUUCGAUGCAUAGACACCCCGCACGGUCUCGACACGUUGAACAGCGAAAUACUCCCCCGUUUAGGCCGAAUAGGUGGAGUGUACUAUUUGCACAGAAGCGCCGAAAACCCUGUAGAGCCGGUAAGGAAUGGUGGUCAACGCUCGGGAACGCCUUCAUCCAAUCCAGCAGCCGAUCGUGUCACUUCCGGAAUGGCCAGCUCCCCGACUAAACUCUCUGUGCCCCCGGCUGCCAAAAAGCGCAACAGUGCUGGAGGGUAUAAUAGCGGCCGGCUUGCAAAGACCUUGGGAGAUUUAUACCUUCUUUCAGGAAAGCUGUCUGACGCCAGCUACUGGUAUACUGAAGCGGUAUCUCUUUUCCGCGCUGCUCAAGAUACAAUAUGGAAUGCGUCUGCUUUGGAAGGUCAAUGUAUUGUGGAGGUUCUGGAGGCUUGGAAUAUGGGUGAAUCCUUGCACGCUUCCCUUGGGGGAAAUGUGUUAGCGGAUCCCUGGGCAAAUAUCUCCGAUAAGAUGGGGCAGGCCAUUAACUUGUAUUCGCGGGCAGCACCGACUAAUCCAUCCCCCGCCAAUACCAUAUUUCCUUUGGAUAACGAGCAUUCCUCUAUUGUUUUUCUUUACAUCUCCGCCGUUCUCCGAUACUCCCACCUCCUCUUGUGUAUCUGGUCUUCUAAAGGCUGGAAUCCAUUAUCUGUAUCAUCAGCCUUUUCGACAACCCUUCCCCCGACUUUCUCACCCGACAAACCAAGUAUUGGAACUCUUUAUCGGAUGUCUGCGCUUUCCAACAUAACGAGAUCCUUUAUUGGCCAAGUUGUUGCUCAGUGCCAUGGUCCAUUUCUUCUGCAUUUGCAACCUUCGGAUAUAAUCUUUGUUUUCUCUGUCAUGGCGAAGUACUACUCUGGCUUAGGAUUUCGGAGAAAAGAAGCAUAUGUUCUUCGGGAACUUCAGGCAGCUCUUGUGGAUCUGAUUGUCCUCGGACGAGAAGAAUCUCGAAGUGAUGUUUCAGAAGUGAUGUCUGGUUACACUCGUAGUCUGGAAAUUAAUCCAGACGACCCCACUCUACCCUUCAGCCAGCCUGGAUCGGUCGCGCGACGCGAUCAGGAUAAUGAAGAAGGGAAUACAAGUGUACUCAGGAUCACCCAACACAUUGCUGCUGUCUAUGGUAUCGACCUCCAAGCUGUGAAGCUUGUUGAUGGAUUGGAAAUAGAUGCCGAUCACUCGACUGAUGCCAUGCAGCCUUCACAUCUAGAUCCUCGAAACGUAGUUCAAUAUGGCUGGCCGGAGUUGCAGGUUGGCGUGGUACGAGAGGCUACUGCGGUAACGGAGGCGCUUCCGGAUCACGCUUCAAAGGCACAAUUUUCUCUUUCGACGAUUAAGCAGCUGCAUCAGCACCUCACGGCAAGUGAGCAACAGCAUCUCCAUGACAGCGCCGCUCGAGGGUUGAAUACAGUGAGAAGAAGAGGAGGGCGCCAGCGAAUCGAGUUCUGGCCCGAUAAUCUGAUUAUCAGGCUCGAUGUUAUUCCCUUAACUCCUCAUAAACAUCCAAUUGAGCAAUCGUGGAAGCGGCUUGAGACCUCUACAAGUGCUUCGACUGCUAAAGGUCCAUUCAUUUAUGAGCCGAAGGGCAAAAAAGCCAGUACUGCCCAUGUCGCCGUGCAAAACGAGGCACUGGAGUUCGAAGUGCUUCUCCGAAAUCCUUAUCAUUUUGACCUGGAAGUUCAGAGCAUCUUUUUAAGCACAACUGGCUUGGAGUUUCAAACGCAGCCGCAUCCAACAGUGGCUCCAGCUGAUUCUGAAAUCGUUGUUGUCCUCAGUGGGAUCCCCCUGGAAACUGGGACGCUCACUAUCCGUGGAUGUUUUCUACAGCUUCCAGGAGGGGCUCCAAAGGAGAUGCUUGUACCUCUUCCUGAGGAUGAUGACACUCGACUGUCUGUGCAGAGACUUUCCGGGAUUGACAAUGAUUCAGACCGUAUUAAGUACGCGGGUCUGGAGAGCAACCACCUAGUUUCCUCCCGAGGAGAGAUGGCUUACAAAUCCAAGCGAGCCUCGCAAACGCCCUCUCUGCGAUUUCUCCAAGUUCAAAUUACUCCUGAACAACCAUUGUUACGUCUACGAAGAUCAUCCAUAGUCCAUGGCUCCCUGAUGAUGUUUAGUGGUGAACGGUCUUCCAUACAUCUGACAGUAGAGAAUAUUUCCACUCUCCCCGUUGAUUUCCAUAGGCUCACCUUUGAGGACUCCACUAUAGCGUCUGCCCAGCAAACUCUAGACGAAGGGGAUAUGUCGGUAGCGGAGGCGUAUGAGGCAGAAUAUGAGUUGUUACGGCGGCCAUUCUUAAGCUGGGACCCUACCGAAGACCGUAGAGUGAUAGCGCCAGGGGCUACAUUAAACCUCAAAGUUGCAUGUUAUGGGAAACUCAAUUGCACGUCCGGAACAAUCCACCUUUCGUAUGCUUACGCUGACCGACAUCAGUCGAAUGAAACCUCUCCGGAGAGCAGUAGUUCACUUUCCGACAUUUUCCAUCUACGACAAAUCCAAUACCCUGUCAAUGUUACCGUUUAUCAUACGCUGGAAUGCAACAAUCUCGACAUUAUACCACAUCACACCUUCCAAGCGCUUCCGCCCUUGGAUGGCGACAUAUCUGAAGAAGGUCCGGGUCGGCGGGAGCUGAUGGAAGUGGGAGAACCAGGCGAAUAUUGCUUGGUGUUUGUAGAUGUAAGCAAUGUGUUUGGGAUGCCAUUCAAUGCGACUUUAACUCGGCACCAAGCGGACACCCCAGAUGCAUCCAUCACUCGUGUUGUAUCUCCAGGCUCGACAGUGAGACUCUUCCUUCCGGUGAAGCGUUUCGUGUUAUCCUCGCAGGAUUGCACGGCUCCGAUUCCUGCUUUGACUAAUCGGCAGUUUGUCGUUUCGAAGGAGAAGCUGAGCCAGGAGGAAGAAAGGCUUCAAAGGGAGCUCUUUUGGUAUCGCGAAGAGCUUUUCAAGAUGAUUGAAGCAACAUGGACAGAGGAUGCAACGCACCGCUCGGGGAUUAUCUCGCUUAGAUCUCAGCGUUUGACACUUCUCAUGUACGAGUCAUUACGCCGAGAUUGCAUCAUUAUCGAAACUGGUUUCGAGACGAUGCAUACAGAAGCCGGAACUGCUGAGACAAGCCUGACCGAUACCGAGAAAACACGGCUCACUAGCUCGUUGCCUUUCCGAGGUCGGAAUUCGUGGCGCGUGGAAUUAUGUGAAAUGGUACAUCUUGUUAUACGCGUGCGCAAUGAACUUGAUCGUCCCUGUCGGCUCAGUCUUACUUGUCGUCCUGUCCAUCCUACUCCAAGCGAACACGCUAUAUUUGAUGGAUGGUUAUCAAACAAUCUUCUCGGUGUGCUGCAGCCUGGUGACAGCACGACAAAGACCUUCGCCGUCGUUUUUGUUGCGGAAGGCACGUUCAACUUCCGCGUCGACGUCGAGGAGCUGGAUUUAAAGGAAGGAACUCCCCUCCGCGAGUUAGGACGAUACCCUGCAAUGUCGAGUAGAUUCGUGACUGCAAUUGUGGAGGAAGGUUCCAGGUGAAUUUGAGUUCGGCAUUGUAAUUCUGAUCUGGGCUACCUUUUGG